GCUGAGCGCUGGGGGCGGGGCCCGCCCGCCGGAAAUCCCGCUCCAGAAGCAGCGCCGCCGUAGUAAUGGCGGCGCCCGGGCGGCGGUGGCCGGUGCGGCUGCUCCUCGCGCUGCGGCCCCUGCCCGUGCACCGGUCCUUGCACGCCGCGGCCCCGCCGCGGGACGUGCUGCUCUUCGAGCACGAACGGGGCCGCUUCUUCGCGGUCCUCGGGCUGUUCUGCGCGGGCCAGGGCGUCUUCUGGGCCUCCCUGGCCGUGGCAGCUUUGGCCCGACCCCCGGCCCGGCCUUUGUCUCCAGACGCGGAGUUCCCGGACCGCGGCCGCUCGGACCUGCGCUCCAUGCUCUGGCGCUACGGCCUGGCGCUCGGCUGCGGCGCCAUCGGUACCCUGGUACUUGGUGCCGGUCUCCUCUUCUCCCUCCGUUCUGUGCGUUCAGUGAUGCUAUUGGCUGGAGGAAAGCAGGUGACCCUCACCACUCACGCUCCCUUUGGCUUGGGUGCCCAUUUCACCGUUCCUUUGAACCACGUAUCCUGCAUGGCCCACCGGGGUGAAGUCCCUGCCAUGUUGCCUCUGAAGAUCAAAGGCCGGCGCUUCUACUUCCUCUUGGACAAAGCUGGACAUUUCCCCAACACGAAACUCUUUGACAACACUGUGGGUGCCUACCGCAGCUUGUGAAGAGACCACCGCGGAUGGCUCACCCCUCCCAGAGGGGAAUAAAAACCGGACCUCGGGGAUGGGGGUCACCCAAGGGGGCCCAGGGUUCAUUAACAGCAAAUAAAAGAGCAGUCAUCCCAAAGGCAGCCGACAGUACCUCUGACUUUUGGUUCCACGUCUGUUUGGCUUUCGCUCCCGUCCUCCAAUCCACCUGCCGACAGUGCUUUCAACACCAAGAACUCAGUACCAAGAUGAAGGAAAAAAGUAAUCUAAUAUUUUGGUACAAAAACAGCUGUAGGAAGAGAGGUGGAGGGAGCCCAUUGUCACGUUUCCCUCGUGGAGGGAAAAACAGGCUCCCAGUAUAAAGAGGGCCACGUGGGGGCAAGAGGACUGUGGGCACGUGGGCAUGGAGUCUUUGGCUGCAGGAAGGAUUUUCUGGUUACUCUUCAGGAAGGGGAAAGGCGUGGCCCGACAAGAA